CUUCGGGCUUCCGGGAAGCGCGGUGCGUGGGUGGCACCACUGCGCCCUGGGCCAACGCCGUGCCCCGGGCAUCCCCACCCUGCUGGACACCUCCGGAGGCGACACGGGGGCCGAGGCCCUUGAGUACCAGUGGUGGCAUUGUGCCCUGUCACUUGGAACCCCAUGCAGCCAGAACCCAAGCCUAGCGGGGCUGGAGCCCUCAGCCGAUUCCUGUGCUCACAGUGCCCUGAGGGGGCAGGGGACGCAGUGAUGUAUGCCUCUACUGAGUGCAAGGCGGAGGUGACCCCCUCCCAGGAUGGCAACCGCACCUUCAGCUACACACUGGAGGACCACACCAAACAGGCCUUCGGUAUCAUGAACGAACUCCGGCUCAGCCAGCAGCUAUGCGACGUGACCCUCCAGGUCAAGUACGAGGACAUCCCAGCCGCCCAGUUCAUGGCCCACAAGGUGGUGCUGGCAUCCUCCAGCCCUGUCUUCAAGGCCAUGUUCACCAACGGGCUGCGAGAGCAGGGCAUGGAGGUCGUGUCCAUUGAGGGCAUCCACCCCCGGGUCAUGGAGCGACUCAUCGAGUUCGCCUACACUGCCUCCAUCUCCAUGGGCGAGAAGUGUGUGCUCCAUGUCAUGAAUGGCGCCGUCAUGUAUCAGAUUGACAGCGUGGUCCGCGCCUGCAGCGACUUCCUGGUGCAGCAGCUGGACCCCAGCAACGCCAUCGGCAUCGCCAACUUUGCUGAGCAGAUUGGCUGCACCGAGCUGCACCAGCGCGCCCGGGAGUACAUCUACAUGCACUUUGGGGAGGUGGCCAAGCAAGAGGAGUUCUUCAACCUGUCCCACUGCCAGCUCGCGACCCUCAUCAGCCGCGACGACCUGAACGUGCGCUGCGAGUCGGAGGUGUUCCACGCGUGCAUCAACUGGGUCAAGUACGACUGCGAGCACCGGCGCUUCUACGUGCAGGCGCUGCUGCGCGCCGUGCGCUGCCACUCGCUCACGCCGCACUUCCUGCAGAUGCAGCUGCAGAAGUGCGAGAUCCUGCAGUCCGACUCGCGCUGCAAGGAUUACCUGGUGAAGAUCUUCCAGGAGCUCACCCUGCACAAGCCCACGCAGGUGAUGCCCUGCCGGGCGCCCAAGGUGGGCCGCCUCAUCUACACGGCCGGCGGCUACUUCCGGCAGUCGCUCAGCUACCUGGAGGCCUACAACCCCAGCAACGGUACCUGGCUGCGGCUGGCCGACCUGCAGGUGCCCCGCAGUGGCCUGGCGGGCUGCGUGGUGGGCGGCCUGCUGUACGCCGUGGGUGGCCGGAACAACUCCCCCGAUGGCAACACCGACUCCAGCGCCCUGGACUGCUACAACCCCAUGACCAAUCAGUGGUCGCCCUGUGCCCCCAUGAGCGUCCCUCGAAACCGCAUCGGAGUCGGGGUCAUUGACGGGCAUAUCUAUGCAGUCGGAGGCUCCCACGGCUGCAUCCACCACAACAGUGUGGAGAGGUAUGAGCCGGAGCGGGAUGAGUGGCACUUAGUGUCCCCGAUGCUGACGAGGAGGAUCGGUGUGGGAGUGGCCGUUCUCAACCGCUUGCUCUAUGCUGUUGGGGGCUUUGACGGGACGAACCGCCUUAACUCGGCGGAGUGCUACUACCCAGAGAGGAACGCGUGGAGGAUGAUCACGCCCAUGAACUCCAUCCGCAGCGGGGCAGGAGUUUGUGUGCUGCACAACUGUAUCUACGCGGCCGGGGGCUACGAUGGCCAGGACCAGCUGAACAGUGUGGAGCGCUAUGACGUGGAGACGGAAAUGUGGACAUUUGUGGCUCCCAUGAAGCAUCGACGCAGUGCCCUGGGGAUCACCGUUCACCAGGGGAGGAUCUAUGUCCUGGGAGGCUACGAUGGUCACACGUUCCUGGACAGCGUGGAGAGCUAUGACCCAGACACAGACACCUGGAGCGAGGUGACCCGCAUGACAUCGGGCCGGAGUGGGGUGGGCGUCGCUGUUACCAUGGAGCCAUGCCGGAAGCAGAUUGACCAACAGAACUGUACCUGUUGAUGGAUUUUUGUUUCUUGGGCAAAGGCGACAAAAAAUGAAAAGGGUCCCCAUCCAAGCAUUGUCAUCUUCACACAAAAACAGGGACAAGAGAAGAGGAGACCACAAAUACCCACCCUCCAGGGAUGAAGGCUGGGAUGACUUUGUGUUCAAAGGACAACUCAAAAGUAAAGAAGACCCUAGAGGGACCUAUCAGUCCCUCAGAGUAGCCCCAGGAGCUGGCUUGGGGAAAGGGCGUGGGAGAAGGACACCAUUCCAAGGGGAGAGGCCCCCCACACUCACUGGCCAGGGACGAAGCCACCAGCAGCCACCACCUCCUUUUGGGUGCCAAGGUCAGGCUGGUUUUGGCACCAUGCAAGUUGGAGUUCGAUUCCAGAUGAAAGAAGGGGCCAGCCAUUGGACAGGUGGUCCCCCCGGGACAGGUCUGUACAUAAAAGCCACUUGGUUCCUCUGCCCUGGACAGUUAUUUUGUUGAUAAGUAACCCUGUAACGUUCCAAUGAAAAUAAAGAACAAACUGGUGUCUUCCACAUGGGCUCCCAGCUGGAGGUCUGAAACCCCAGGACAGAAAGUGCUUUUGCUGAAAUACACUCAGGUCCAUGGCUUUGUACUUGAAACCGGCUUGUUAUCUCUGCUGGUCCCAUUGUGCUAUGUAGGGCGGCUUUCUCCCGUAGCCGGGUCACACAGUUGUCUAUUAGUUUCAGCUGCAUGAGAAACACUGACUGGACUCUGGGAUAUAUCUCCAAGGGCUUCCAGAGGUUCGUUUCACACUUGCUAUGCACUUGACUUUUUGUUUGGUUGUUUUUGAGACAGGGUCUUGUUGUGUGGGCCAGUCUGGCCUUGAACUUGUGAUCCUUCUGCCUGGCUUGGAUCCUUUCUUCUUUUUACCAACCCACCACUUGUGCUGGGGCUGGAAGAAAGAUGAAUGAAUUGUAGGUUCAAGUCUUGGGGAAUUCACUGCUUCUACCAGGUAGCCAAGAGAGGAGAUGCUGGGUUUCUUCCCUGACCCAGAGGCUACCUGGUGACUCCCAUCCUUCAGGUCAGUUGCUCAGUUGUCCUGCAGCCUGCCUCAUUGUGCCCAGAAGGGCUAGUGGAGCGGCUCAAGUGAUAGAGCACCUGCCUAGCAAGCAUGAGGCCCUGAGUUCAAACUCCAGUGACACCAAAAAAAAAAAAA